AUGGCCUCCCUCACUUCUCUCCCUCCAGAAAUCCUCCUACAAAUCAUUGAAUCCUGUCAGACAAGCCAUGCCCUAUCCUCACUAGCCCAAUCAUCCCAAGCGCUGUACACGUUAACCACCCCCCUGCUAUACAAGCGUCAGCUCGCAAACGCAGAUCACCAUGUAACUUUCCACGCAGCCAAGCAUGGAAAUCUACAAGCCUUAAAGAAUGUCCAUCGGUACAUGACUCUGCGCGUGUACAAGUGCAGUAAAGGCGACUACGAUACGGGAUUAUUUGGGGCAGAGAAACAAAAACGCAAUGGAUGGUUCUGGACGCCGCUUCAUGAAGCUGUGAGAAACGGAAACGUUGAAACGGUGCGAUGGCUUCUAGAUCAUGGCGUCGAUAUAAAUGCCCCGUCGUUAAAGUUUCACGAUAUCGAUAUGGGAAUCACAGAGGGACGAUAUCAUAUUGACUUUGGCGACAGGUUGAGCUUUCACAUGUUACCGCUGGUUACCUUUUCACCGAUUAUAACGUCGAUAUAUCAUCGUCACCAAGAAAUCACAGAGCUGCUUCUCGAGAGAGGUGCUUCCAUACAUAUCAACGAUGUACGUAAGCUACAGCCUUGCGGGACUACAGCGCUUCACGUAGCUGUGAUAAACGCAAACAUCACUGCUCUGAGAUUUCUUAUUGAACGAGGACACGCUGGACCAAAUGAUCUUGAUGCUGCUGGUUUUCUACCGCUGGUCUGGGCAGCUCUCAACGUGAGCGCUGAUCCACAAGUUCGUGAGUCGAUAAAGACUCUUGUUGAGCUUGGGGCGGACCUCAAUCAUGUCAUGCCGUGCGAUCCUUGGUUGGGAUCGAAUCACAAUAUGGUGACUUUUCUCACAAAAAGAGGAAAGCCAAAAGCUGCGCAGGAACUCAUCAACUUUGGUGCGUCAGUCGUUGAUACGUCGAUACCAUGA